AAAACACAAGAAAAAACAAAAUUAUUAAAGGAACAUAGUCAUUUUCUUGACCCUUUUUAGCAGAAAACUAAAAAAUUCUGUGUUUCCGAUAUAACAUUUGAUUUGAUCGAGGAUGUCUAGAGGUGGAAGUAACAAUGGCGGCGCAGGAAGGCCUCUGAAGGUGGUGAUAAUCAACACACAGUACGUGGAGACGGACGCCCGGAGUUUCAAAUCCGUGGUUCAGAGGCUAACCGGGAAGGACUCCACGGCGGCCGACAUAAAAAAGGAGCACCAUUACAGUGGAGGAAUGGCGGCGGCGAGUAAUCCGCCUCUGUCGAGGGGCCUGUCGUUUAAGGAUUUCGAUAAGUUGUUUAAGGAGUUGCCUCCUGUUGAUGAGCUUUACCGAGCUAUAUACUGAAUACUAUAUUAUAUUAUAUAUAAAUUAUUUCAUUCCUGUAAAUGUUUAUUCUCAUCCUUUAUUAUGUAGUAACUAGCUAGCUAGCAUUCAUUGAUUCUUUACAUUUUUUUCGUCAUGUAUAAUGUACCAGCAGAAUCAAUUUAUAAAUACAAAAUUUAUCUUA